AUGGCUCCUCCAGAUGGCAAAGAAAAACAAAAACGCAAAGAACAUCGCGUUCAUUCGAAAGGAGGCAAAGUGACAAAGAAAAAGGAUCGCGAAAAGAAAGAUGGAACGUCAAAAGUGGCUCCUCCUGAGGUUAAUCGAGCACGAAAGGGCUAUACGUUCAAAUCGGCCAACAAAGCAAAUCGAGCAGUGCGAAGAGCGGCUGAUAUUGAUGAAAAGAAGAAGCACAUUCCAUAUGUUGAUCGAACUUCAACCCUUCCGCCUCCAAUUAUUGUUGCUAUUGUCGGUCCUUCAAAGGUUGGAAAAACAACGCUUUUACGUGGUUUGAUCAAGAAUUAUGUUCGUGGAGCGCUAAGUCAAAUCAAAGGUCCUGUAACCAUUGUCACAAACAAAACAAGAAGAGUCACUUUUAUUGAAGUGAAAAACGAUAUAAACCAUAUGAUUGACGUUGCUAAAAUCGCGGACUUGGUUCUGUUAAUGGUGGACGCUUCUUACGGCUUUGAAAUGGAACACUUUGAAUUUCUCAAUAUUUGCCAAAUCCAUGGCAUGCCAAGAGUUUUGGGCAUUUUGAAUCAUCUGGAUUGUGUACCGAAACUUGCAAAACAACGAAAGAUCAAAAAACAACUGAAGCAUCGAUUUUGGACGGAAGUUUAUCAGGGAUGUAAAAUGUUUUACUUAUCAAAGAUAACUAACGAAAAAUAUCUCACAAAUGAUGUCAAGAAUCUUGCAAGGUUUAUCUCUGUAAUGAAAUUCCGACCGAUGCCCUGGCGUGAUGCGCAUCCAUACAUUCUUUGUGACCGCUUUGAAGAUAUAACAGAUCCAGAGGUGAUUAAGAAAAAUGACAAAACGGAUCGAGCCAUUUGUCUUUAUGGAUACAUGCGUGGUGCUCAACUAAAAGAACAUUCAGCGGUUCAUGUUCCGGGUAUCGGUGAUUUGCGGGUAGCGUCUAUUACUUCACUAGCUGAUCCAUGUCCUUUUCCUGAUAAAACGAAACGAAGAGGUCUCAAUGAGAAGGAGAAGAUCAUUUAUGCUCCGUUUUCUGGCCUUGGAGGAAUCGUUUAUGACAAGGAUGCUAUCUACAUUGACACUAAAGGAGCCCAGAGUUUCUCGAAAAAUCGUAAACGCAAUGAACUGGUGGAAGCAUUGGAGAAUGUUAAAGUUGGAAUUGAUGACAAGAUGCAAAAUGUGGAGCUCCGACUUUUAGCUAAUUCGAAGAAAGCCGUAACGAAUGUUGAAGAUGGUGAUGUUGAGAUGGACGAUGAAGAGGAUAAUGAUGACUACUCUUUGAUCGAUGAAGACGAAGAGUUUGAUGGCAUGUCAGAAGAAGAUUUCAAAUCGGAAGACGACGAAGAAAACGAGUCGGGCAGUGAUGAAGAUGAUGGUGAAGAGCUAUUCAAGAAACGACCCACAACAGAUCAAACUUUAGUGAAUGCGAUUAACGCUCCAGACUUGAAUUUGAGCGAUGUGGCCAAUCGAGCUGCCCAACUCUACACUCCAUCAAAAACAACACGGAUAAAUUGGAACAAAAUUGUUUAUGAUGAAGAUAAUGCAACAAAAGAAGAAACACAAGAAAACGAUGAACUAACUGCCGGUCUCUUCACUAUCAAAAGAAAAGAUAAAGCCAAAACAUUGUAUUCACAGGAAGAUGGUUUCUGCUAUCGUCAAUUUCCGUCUACUUCAACAGCAACGAUUAAUAAUUGGGAAGACAGUGAGCAAAGAGCUACGAUUAGCGAUUGUUUUGUCACUGGGAAAUGGGAUGAAGAGGCAGCUGAGAAAAAAAAGCUAAAGGAUGAGCUCCGUGGUGCCAAACAUGGUGAUGACGACGAUGAUGAUGACGUUUGGGAUGCUUUUGAUCUUGACGAAGAGGGAAACCCGUUAAAUGAUGAUGAUGAAGACAUGAAUGAAAGCGAUGAAGAUCACAAUGAUGAAGAGGAAGAAGUUGAUGGGGAGGCUAAAGAAGAUGAAGAUUCGGAAGGCAAAAAUGAGGAUAAAAGUGAAAACAAGAAAGACAAAAAGAAAAUGCGAUUAAGACACCUCUUUGAUCCGGAUCAUGAUGAAAGCAACGAAUACUUCAACAACCUUAAAGCAGAAUUGGAAGAUCAAGCAAAAUUAAACCGAAAUGCUUUUGAGGGACUAGAAGACCAAGAUCGAGAGAAAAUUGAAGGUUUUCGAGCGGGUGUCUAUGUCAGGAUCGAGUUUAGUGGUAUUCCAUAUGAAAUGGUUGAACAUUUUGAUGCGACUUCUCCUUACAUUAUCGGUGGACUUCUAACAGGAGAACAGAAUAUUGGAGUUGUUCAGGUUCGAUUAAAACGUCAUCGUUGGUUUGAUCGCAUCUUAAAGUCAAGAGAUCCGUUGAUUAUCAGUUGCGGAUGGAGACGAUAUCAAACAUUGGUCAUCUAUAGUAUGCAGGAUCACAAUAUGCGACAACGCUUUUUGAAAUACUCUCCAGAACAUAUGCAUUGUCAUGCCACUUUCUGGGGUCCUAUCACAUCACAAAACACCGGCUUUCUUGCAGUACAAAGUGUGGCGGAUCGAAUUAAAGGUUUCCGCAUUUGUGCUUCGGGUGUUGUGCUAAACCUUGAUAGAAACCACCAAGUUGUCAAAAAGCUCAAACUUAUUGGCACGCCACAUGAGAUUCACAAGAAGACAGCGUUCAUGAAGGGAAUGUUCACAUCGCAAAUCGAGGCUGCGAAGUUUGAAGGUGCAACAAUACGAACAGUAUCAGGAAUUCGUGGAGAAAUCAAGAAAGCAAUUCCAAGACCCCCCGGUAACGUUCGCUGCACAUUUGAAGACAAAAUACUUAUGAGUGACAUCGUAUUUCUACGAACUUGGGUGACGGUGCCAAUUCCUCAAUUCUACACGUCUGUCAUUGACCAUUUGAUGACACCUGAAAACAAAUGGGAAGGAAUGAGAACGGUCGGAAAAAUUCGCCACGAGCUUGGAUUAAAACCCGAAACAAAGAAGGAUAGCGAUUACCGGGAAGUAGAACGAGUUGAGUUCAGAGCACCCACCUUGAAAGUGCCGAAGAAAUUAGAAGCUGAAUUACCGUAUCGCUUGAAACCAAAACAUGGCCCCAUGGAGACUAAACCCACGAAAGAACAAAGUUUCAUUGCCAAGCACACGGCUGUAAUACUUGAACCCGAGGAUUCGAAGAGGGAACGACUUAUGAACAUGCUACGAACGUUGCACAAGGAAAGUGAGACAAAGGAUAAAGUGGCUCGUGAUGCAGCCAAGGAAAAACAUCGGAAAGAGGUAGAAGAAUUUGAAACAAAGAGGGCGCGAAACAUCAAAUUGCACAAAAAGGCCAUUUGUCGUCGUCUCAGCAAACAAGAGCAGAGCAAGAAAAGCAAU